AUGACCAGGCGGCAGAACGCGCUAAAACACGUCGUUGGCGUGGUGGGGCCAAAAGACGCGAAGGGCUCUGCACUUUGGAGCGAAACAUCAUCGCCGAACCACAACAGCAUCGUCUUGACACCACCCAGCGAUACCUCCACCUCACCGCCCAGCAUGACGGACGCCUUCUCGGCCUUGACGACCGGUGCUCUUCGUAACAUUUGCGAUGGCCAGCAGGUCGACAACCCCAUCGUGCAGUGCGUGCAGAUUAAGCCCAUGGCUGCCAACCAGCAGACGGGCCAGGAACGCUGGCGAGUCGUCUUCAACGACAGCGUCAACUUCAUUCAGGGCAUGAUUGCCAUUCAAUCCAACUACCUCAUCACCGAUGGCACGCUCAAAAAGGGCAGUGUUUGCCGACUUACGCAGUACCAGGCCAACUUCGUCAAGGACAAGCACAUUCUGAUAAUCGUAGCUCUGGACGUCCUUACAGAGUAUGGCGAGCCGGACAAGUUGGGGCAGCCCGUGGCGAUUGAGGGCGCAAAGCCAGAAGCACAGCAGGRCGUCAAGCCUCAGCCGGGCAAUAUCGCAGGCAAUGGAUUCUACGGCAACAAACCUCAAGCACAACAACAGCAGCAGCAGCAGUCACUGAGUGCUCGUCCGAAGGGCACUCUGACACAUGGAGGACACGCGAACAUCACACCCAUCGAAGCUGUAUCCCCAUACACGCACAAGUGGACCAUCAAGGCGCGGUGCACACACAAGGGCGAUAUCAAGACAUGGCACAACAAGAACGGCGAGGGCAAGCUUUUCAGUGCCAACUUCCUUGACGACUCUGGCGAGAUUCGUGCGACGGGCUUCAACGACUCCGUCGAUCAGUGGUACGAGUUUCUCGAAGAGGGCAACGUCUACUACAUCUCCAGCCCUUGCAAGGUCCAGCUUGCCAAGAAGCAAUUCUCCACUGUCAACAACGACUACGAGCUCACCUUUGAGCGGGAUACGGUGGUCGAAAAGGCAGAAGAUCACGAAGGAGUACCACAAGUUCGUUAUAACUUCACGAGUAUCGAAGCUCUUCAAAAUAUCGAAAAGGACUCCACGAUCGACUGCAUCGGUGUUUUGCAGGAUGUCGGCGAAGUCAGCGAAAUCGUUUCCAAGACCACAAAUAAGCCGUACAGCAAGCGUGAAUUGACACUGGUCGAUGACUCUGGCUACAAUGUUCGCUUGACUGUCUGGGGAAAGACUGCAGAGUCUUUCGAGGCCAGAGCUGAGUCCGUCGUUGCUUUCAAGGGAGUCAAAGUCUCGGAUUUUGGUGGUCGGUCGCUGUCUCUGCUUGCCAGCGGCAGCAUGAACGUUGACCCAGACAUUGAAGAGGCUUACAAGCUCAAGGGAUGGUACGAAGGUGCUGGACGCUCAGAAAACUUCGCCUCGCAUGCCAAUAGUAUGGCAACAGCGGGCGCUGCCAGUGGCGGUCGUAACGACUUCAAGACCAUCUCAGCGGUGUACGACGAAAAGAUUGGCCAAACAGAGACUACGGAAUGGUUUAGCGUCAAAGCCACAAUUGUCUACGUCAAGCAAGACAGUUUCGCAUACCCGGCUUGCCGCACUAUGGAUCCUCAGCCUUGCAACAAGAAGGUCUUGGAAGCUGACGAGGGCAACUGGCGGUGUGAAAAGUGUGACAAGACCUGGGAUGCACCURAAUAUCGCUACAUCAUGAGUGUCAAUGUCAGCGAUCACACUGGCCAGAUCUGGCUGAGUUGUUUCGAUGAGGUUGGCGCGGCCAUCAUGGGCAUGCCGGCAAAUGAGCUGAUGGCCAUGAAAGAGGAGGGUGAUGACAAGCGUGUGGGAGAGGUAUUCAGCGAUGCCAACUGCAAGACGUUCAACUUCAAGUGCCGCGCAAAGAUGGACAACUUCCAGGACCAGCAGAGAGUUCGCUACCAAGUACAAUACGCCAACCCACUCGAMUUCUCCCGCGAGACGAAGAAGUUGACCGACAUCCUCAAGCAGUACAAUUUGCAAGAGAACAGCAUGUUUGUUUGA